UCUAUGGUGUUUUGGUUCCGAAGAGGAAGUUGCGAGAGAAAAGAAAGGAGGAGAGGAGACGUGAUCGGGGUUGUUGAGAUAAUUUCUCGGUCCAGCAAAACGAAAUUAAACAGUUGACGAUAAUUAACGGGCCAUAUCGUUGGAGAACAGUAUAUAGUGGAAUCAUCAGCUGACUCCCAGCCGGCAAACCACGGGACAGUGCAGCGUGUGUGUGAGUGAGUGACACGGAGUGGGGUGAUUGACACAGGUCAUGGCCAAUCGGGGAGGAGCGACACGCCCCAACGGGCCCAACGCCGGCAACAAGAUCUGCCAGUUCAAGCUGGUGCUACUGGGGGAGUCUGCCGUGGGCAAGUCCAGUCUGGUCCUGCGCUUUGUCAAAGGCCAGUUCCACGAGUUCCAGGAGAGCACAAUAGGAGCUGCUUUUUUGACCCAAACGGUGUGUCUGGACGACACAACGGUGAAGUUUGAGAUCUGGGACACAGCAGGACAAGAGAGAUACCACAGCCUGGCUCCCAUGUACUACAGAGGAGCCCAGGCUGCCAUCGUAGUCUACGACAUCACCAACGAGGAGUCUUUUGCUCGAGCGAAGAACUGGGUGAAGGAGCUUCAGAGACAGGCCAGUCCCAACAUAGUCAUCGCACUGUCCGGUAACAAGGCUGACCUUGCCAACAAGAGAGCUGUCGACUUCCAGGAUGCGCAGUCCUAUGCAGAUGAUAAUAGUCUACUCUUCAUGGAGACGUCGGCAAAGACAUCCAUGAACGUGAACGAAAUCUUCAUGGCAAUAGCGAAAAGGUUGCCCAAGAGCGAGCCUCAAGCAGCUGGUCCUAACAGUGGGCGAAGUCGGGGGGUGGACCUGACGGAGACCGCCACCCCCACCAAGGCCCCCUGCUGCAGUAACUAAGGCAACGCCCUGUUCCAGCGCUGUGAUUCGUCAGUCACUAUUGAGACGCCCCUCCCCCUCCCAAAACUAUUUGAUCUGCAGUAACACACAAAGCUAAGCUCCACCCCCUUUCGUCUCGUCUCUUCUCUGCCGUUGCUAACACAAAGCCCCGCCCUUCAGACAGGAAGUGACUAAUUACAAGCUCCGCCUCCAAAACGGUCUGGUCCAAUGGAGCGCCUCUAACUCAGCUGUCACUAAUCCCCCCCCCCACUCUGUGUGUAACCUUGGAAACGAGAGGCGUGGCUUCCUUUGCCCUGCCCCUCCAGCACAGCUAAAGACUUUAGAAAAACAUUUCUAAUGAAGUCCUCUUCUUUUUCUGACUCAUUUUUUUUAUUUGAUUUGAUUUGCUUUUUUGUCUUUUUUAUUUCCUUUCUCAUCUUGUUUUAAAUGUACUUAACAGAAUUAUGAAUGCAUGCAUCACUACAAGGCCUAACAUAAACAAAAAUAACAACAAAAAAAAACAAAAAACAAACCAAACAACACAGUGCAAGAAUUUGUGCUGUUCCAUGAAGCUAUAAACAGGAGUUUGGUCAACACACUAGCACAUGCACGCAGGCACACACACACUGACACUUACCUGAAAACACACGCUAGUCCAUACAGUGGCACGGCCUUGUCUACUUCCUGCACACCUGCUGAUAUUGUGGAGGUGUGCAUAAACGCAUAGUGUUACACCGUGUGUGUGUCUGUGUGUCUGUGUGUCUGUGUGUCUGUUUGUCUGUUUGUGUGUGUCUCUGUGUGUGUUUGUGUGUGUGUGUGUGUGUGUGUGUGUGUGUGUGUGUGUGUUUGGCUGACCGGAAACCCUCAUAGAGAACAGCACAGAGGUAAAAACUUAAGACACAUCGGCACAGGUCACACUUAACCUUUAGUUGGUUGGUUACACACGUUCACUUUUAGAGCCGAAAGUAGAGUUUGUUUUUUCCCCUUUCUCUUCCUUCAUGCCCAUCUCAUAAUCUGUCCACACACACACUCACACACACACACACACAGACACACACAAACACACCCAUCUGGUCUGUAAUUCUGACAGCUGUCUUCUCAUGCCUUGCACUAAGUAUGCUCAUGAUUCUGUCCGAUGACCGUGUGACAUAGAGAAAUAUAUAAAUAAUUUACUGUAAAUAGGGUGAUGCAAUGUAGUCGACUUUUCAUUUCAUAUUUACACAACUAAUGCUUGCUAGGGAGUUGUCUUGGUAAUGAUAAAAAAAAAAAAACUGUACAGUAACCAGUAACCUGCUUUGAUAUGGGUUUGGACAUAUGAGCUUUUGUUUUUUUGUUUUGUUUAUUUUUCACAGAAAUGGUUAAAUUAUAAUCUUUGGUGGUCUUUAUAAAUGUAUGUAGUGUUAUUAACAAAUGGAAAACAAAACAAAAAAAAACAGACGUGCAUUUCUUUAGUCUGAACUGCUGAGGGUUGUAUUAGUCCUAACAGGUUUCCCCUGUCGGCCUGCCCCCCCUGCCCCUGUCCCGCACUUAUCCAAUCAGAGCUGCCCCAACACCACCUAGCCCCUCCCUCCCUCCGUCAAUCAGACUCCCCGACCAACCAGACGCAAGGCACUGGACCAGAGGCCCUGGCUGACUGGCUAGCUGUCAGUCACAUGAUGGGUGAAAGUUUGGGUGAGCAGGAGGAGAGGGGGAGCUGCGCUGACCUCACGUGCGCUCGCUCGCCAGCUCACUCGCAGAACCACACACACACACACACACACACAGGGUUCCACAUGUUCUGUGUCCUCUAGAACGUUCUCCAUCCGCUGGGUGUGUGUGUUCUACAUGUUUAUUUGCAGUGAGUGCUAAAUGCAGCCAGGUCAACAAAAAAAAGAGAAAGAAAUACAAAAACAACAAAAUCUAAAUGCGAGCAUUUUACAGUACUAUUCAUUUACCAAAUAAAAACAUCAAUAAAGACAUGAAUACCUAAUGAA